AUGAGCCUCCUAACUGUAAUGGAAGAACAAAACGAUUUCCUCGGAUAUUGUCUUUUCGGGCGCUCCUUGAGACAGAGAAUCAUCGACAUGUACAACUUCCCUACCAGACCAGAGAACAAGGAUCGGAUAUGGCUUUGUAAGCUCUUGUGUCUGAUUGCAAUUGGGGAGAUAAACCAUCGGGAAGGAACUCGGCCCGACUCAGCUACGCACCCAAAUAGGUGGGUAGGCUCCGAACCCAGAGAUCAACCGACUAGCGUUCAGCCUCCAGGCCUUGAUUACUUCCAAGAUGCUGUCGAUCUGCUUCCAAAGAUGGACGAGGAGCCUACGCUGGAAUACGCCGAAGUUCUUUGUCUUUUCGCGUACUACUCAUACGCUUUGAACCGCCAGAGCGAGGCAUACAGGCAAAUCGGUCUGGCGCUUCGUACAUGCCUUGUCAUGGGCAUCCAUCACAGUCUGGCGGGAAAAUCCACGUUUCCACAUUCCAGCACCAAGUCCGUGGCUACUGCUCUAGAACGCGAGCGAGUAAAUCGCCUUUGGUGGACAGUCUACAUCCUGAAUAAACUGUUCAGCUCGAAAGCUGGCCUUCCUCUGGGGAUAUCGGAUUCUGAUAUUACAGCUGAACCUCCUGGUACAAUCUCACUCACCGAGGAAGAAGAUGCCGAGUUAUACCCAUGCCGAACGUUUGUAAUUAACGCAGAACUGGUGAAUCUUCGACACGAGAUGACGACAUCAUUAUAUGAGUAUUUGAGGAUACACGAUGUUGCAGACGACGAGUUGACUGAUCCCAAAGGUGGCCCAUUGGUAUGCAAGGUUCUCGAGUAUCAUUCUAAACUCGUCUACUGGGAACAUAACCUACCAGAAGAUCUGAAGAUAUGCAUUCAUCGAGACGGCAAGGUGUCAGGUCUGACAAGGAGAAUUGCUACCCUCUAUCUUUGCUACUAUCAGGUUGCCACCGUCGUGCUCCGACCCGUCUUUGACCUUGUAUUCAACCAGCUUCUGGCCAAGCUCAGUGAGCAGACAGGAAGCAAUCACGGCCUCGAAGAGGCGGAUCUAUGCUUGCCCUUGUCCCAGCAAGUUCAGAGGGUGUGCGAGCAAACUGUGGCUGAUGCGUGCAACAUGAUGAAGGUUUUAACGUGGCUGUCCGAUGAGGAUAUGAUCACAUCUUAUAAUUACUGGGACUGCAAUCAUGCCUUCUCGUCGGCCGUUACAAUUCUCAUGGCCGAGUUGAUGGAAAGAAUCGUGAAUGAGUCCAAGAUCCGACCGGUCCCACUGUUUCACGUCAACAAAGAUGCCACGCGGACGUCAUUGGAUCGCGCGACAAAGCUGCUUGAGUUUCAGGAAAGGCUGGGCAAUAUCCCAGCGAUAGAGUGCAUGCAACUACUGCGUGAUCUGCGGCUCAAGGUGGAUGGGUUCUUGCAGGUAUUGCAGGCGACGAAAACAUCAACUCCAUCAAGCUCGACGAGGGACGAUGGCGCCGCUGGAUUCGAGCUUGAUCUUUCUCGAAUCAACUCUAACCAGAGCUCGUCUCCCGCUGAGCGUGAUCAAGGACCUCUGGUGAUUCAACUGGCAGACAGUCCGCCUCGACCUAACACUUUCAUUACGUCAACAUCCACUGUUCCAACAUACGAUUUCAACCCGUCGCCCUUAUCCACGGCGCUCAUCAUGAACAAGGAUCUGAACAUUGAUUCGAAUGUGCAUCCUUUUGGGAAUCUUUCUUCGGAUUUUACAAGUUCUUUGUGGGACAGUCACGCUAGCCAUUUUGAGAUAUGGAAUGAUUUUGAGGAUCCUUUGGUGGGAGAGUGA